AUGGAUGACCCAUACGUUUUUCGCAACAUCCUUCUCAUUGCUGGACUCCACUAUGCCUGGAACGUUGGCAAUUUGUCAUCUUUUGACUCGACGUUCCUUUUCCACAAGGUCCAGAGUAUCCGAACCAUCAAUACGUGGAUUGAAAAUCGUACCUCGUCAAGCCUAACGCUCUGUGUGAGGCACAUCGCCACUCUAUGCGUGGUAGAAUGCUGCCUUGGCAAUUUUUCGACCGCGGAGACACACUUGGAUGGCCUCAUGCUACUAUUGGACUCCAAGGAAGCCUAUGGAACGAUUCCGAGCACCCCAAAAGAGGAUUUGGAUGAAGAAUUUACUGAAAGGUAUCUGAUAAUGGCUUUUAAUCUCGUUCACAGUCUGAAAAGCCGCUUUGACGACUUUGUGAUAUCGACUCUCAAUCCGACCCUAUAUAGCAGGCACAUGGACCCUAAAGAAAUUGCCCAUCUCAUUCAUCAAUGGCAUACCCAAGAGGUUACUGGAAUUUUGCCCCGCCUUAGGGCGAUGAAUCUGUUUCCUUCCUUUUUAAGCCCCAUCUCUCCAGAAGUGCAAAUAAAAAAGAUCGACGUCCAGCCAAUCCUCGGUUGUAUGCAGGAAAUUACAGACGCGUUUGAAUUGCGUUACUCUGAGCUCUAUUAUGGCACUGGCUGUGCCUUACCAUACCAUCUGUGGGCUUCUGGUGGUCCGUCAAAGCUACUAUCGGCCGUAAUUGGUGCUCACAUAAGCUCGAUCACGGCUCAUACCAAUGAAAAUUUACGAUCCUCGGAAGGCAUCAAGUCCUCGUGGACCGGCAUCUGCGUCGCUGUGGGAUUGUACCUGACUAGUGUACUCGGCGUUUGGAAUCAGGGCUACCCGGCUGAGAAUCGGCUCCUACACCAUAUCCUGCGCAUUUUGAGACACGAUCUUGAAGAUAGUCUCGCUGAAGUUAUGAUAAAUGGCACAGCUGCACAAGACUUAUGGCUCUGGAAAGCGUUUCUUGGAGCGUUAAGUUUGGCUCAUGUCGUUACCGCGGCAGGCGUUGGGGUCUGCGAUGCAAGACUUUGGAAUCUCGUACCAGACUUUAACCACUAUAUCCAGAUUUGGGCUGGAACCACGCGAAUCAGCAUGUGGCAAAAUGCUAGACAUAGAUUAGAGAAUAUUGUUUUUCCUACACACUUUCAGCGGGAGGGCCUCGCGAAGGAAUUAUGGAAUCGGGCAUUAUCGGCAUCGUGA